ACCGGUCGUGGCAGCCACCUCCACUGGCAGCAGCAGAAGCCCAGCUCAGCUUCAGGUACUCUUGAAACUACACCCUGCGGGUGAGCUUUGGAGGUGGGGCUUGGGCACACCUGAUGACUGGGUGCUACCCAAGGCUGCCUGUUUCCCGACCCUGGCUGCCUGUUUCCUCUGCUGCCUUCUGUCAGCUCUGCUAACGGACCAAAGGAGUUCUGUGACGCAGAAGUGACAGAAAAACAGCUCUACCAGAAAAUGGCUAGCUGUUUGCCAGAGCUGCUGAUGAGGGGACAGGGGUAAACUACAUGAGGAUGUUGCAGUGGAGGAAGGAGGAGUUUAAUGCAACAUAAAAGCAAUUUGCAUGGGAGGAUUUCCUGACGGAAGGUGUCAGGGCAAACCUUUUACAGACCUCAUUUACCAGCCUCUGAGGUUACUACCAGGCUCUUAGUUACUUCUAAGGAGCAUCUUGUGUAGACAAGCCUACAGACAAUACAGACUAAGGAAAUGGAGGAACCUGAUCUUCUGGUGAACCCAGCUUAAUUUAGAGACAAGCAUGUGCAGACCGUAGCACUGCGAAGGAGAAACUCUGCAAACUUUUCUCAAUGACUCUAUAGCCAACUGAUGUAACAAUGGUACUAAUACUGGGACGCAGACUGAAUAGAGAGGAUAGUGGGAUACGAGAUUCCCCUGCAACUAAGCGGAAAGUUUUUGAAAUGGACCCAAAAUCAUUGUCAGGCCCAGAGUUUUUCGACUUCUCCUCGGGAUCAUCCCAUGCUGAAAGCAUUCUCCAGAUCUUCAAUGAAUUUCGAGACAGCCGGUUGUUCACAGAUGUUAUUAUCUGUGUGGAAGGAAGGGAGUUUCCCUGCCAUCGGGCGGUUCUCUCAGCCUGCAGCAGCUACUUCAGAGCUAUGUUUUGCAACGAUCAUAGGGAAAGCAGAGAGAUGCUAGUGGAGAUCAAUGGCAUUUUUGCUGAAGCUAUGGAUUGCUUUUUACAGUAUGUAUACACUGGCAAGGUGAAAAUCACUACAGAGAACGUGCAGUAUCUCUUCGAAACAUCGAGUCUCUUUCAGAUUAGUGUUUUGCGUGAUGCCUGUGCCAAGUUCCUGGAAGAACAGCUGGAUCCUUGCAAUUGCCUGGGAAUCCAGCGCUUUGCAGAUACGCACUCGCUUAAGACACUGUUCACCAAGUGCAGGAAUUUUGCGCUGCAGACGUUUGAGGACGUGUCCCAGCAUGAAGAAUUCCUUGAAUUGGGGAAAGAUGAGCUUAUUGAUUACAUUUGCAGUGAUGAACUGGUGAUCAGUAAGGAAGAGAUGGUGUUUGAAGCUGUCAUGCGCUGGGUGUACCGGGCAGUUGAGUUGCGAAGACCAGUGUUACAUGAACUCCUGACGCACGUCAGGCUCCCGUUGUUACACCCAAACUACUUUGUUCAGACUGUGGAAGUGGACCAGCUGAUUCAGAAUUCCCCAGAGUGCUAUCAACUGCUGCACGAGGCCAGGCGAUACCAUAUCCUUGGAAAUGAGAUGAUGUCUCCCAGAACUAGGCCACGCAGAUCAACUGGUUAUUCUGAGGUAAUAGUUGUUGUUGGAGGCUGUGAACGAGUUGGAGGGUUUAAUUUGCCAUAUACCGAGUGCUACGAUCCUGUAACAGGAGAGUGGAAGUCACUGGCUAAACUUCCAGAGUUUACCAAGUCCGAGUAUGCAGUGUGUGCUCUACGGAAUGAUAUUCUUGUUUCAGGUGGAAGAAUCAAUAGCCGGGAUGUUUGGAUUUAUAACUCUCAACUUAACAUUUGGAUCAGAGUUGCCUCCUUAAAUAAAGGCAGAUGGCGUCAUAAAAUGGCUGUUCUUCUUGGUAAAGUAUAUGUUGUUGGAGGAUACGAUGGGCAAAACCGCCUCAGCAGUGUAGAGUGUUACGAUUCGUUUUCCAAUCGAUGGACAGAGGUGGCCCCCCUUAAAGAAGCUGUGAGCUCUCCAGCAGUCACCAGCUGUGUGGGCAAACUGUUUGUGAUCGGGGGCGGUCCUGAUGACAACACGUGUUCUGACAAGGUUCAGUCUUACGAUCCUGAUACUAAUUCUUGGUUGCUCCGUGCAACUAUCCCUAUUGCGAAAAGAUGUAUUACGGCUGUGUCUUUAAACAAUCUGAUCUAUGUUGCUGGUGGGCUUACCAAAGCAAUAUACUGCUAUGAUCCGGUUGAGGACUACUGGAUGCACGUACAGAAUACAUUCAGCAGACAGGAGAACUGUGGCAUGUCUGUCUGUAAUGGAAAAAUCUAUAUCCUUGGCGGAAGACGAGAAAAUGGUGAAGCCACAGACACUAUUCUUUGUUAUGACCCUGCAACGGGCAUUAUCACAGGAGUAGCAGCCAUGCCCAGGCCAGUAUCAUAUCACGGCUGUGUGACGAUUCAUAGAUAUAAUGAAAAAGGCUUUAAACUGUAAUUUUUUUCUCGAAAAAAGAAGGCGGCAUGAAUGAAUCCAGUGGUC